GGUGCCUCAGUUUGAUACUGAGAGAGAGAUUCAAACUCACCUCCUCAUCACAACAAUUUCAAAGCAACUCCUAGAUAAAUCUUACAAAUAGUUAAUUGAGAUUUCGAACUUUCAUUUCCAAGCUGCGAUUCACCACCUUAAGCUCAUUCAAAGCUCAUCCAUUGCAGACAAGACGCAUCAAGCAUGUGAAUUCGAUCCAUCCCCGUCCAACCAAUUUCUACACACGAUUUCAAGCUACUAUGUGCUCGAAUUUCCUCGGAACUACAAUCUAGACCGUCAACGAUAGAUUCGAUCCUGUUUCCCCGGUCAUGACACCUCCAAUCCCCUCCUCGGUGUACUUCGGCCCCUUCCUCGUCACCCCCCAAGUCUUCCACCUCACCCCCCUCUCCUUCGCCCUCGUAAACCUCAAGCCCCUCCUCCCCGGCCACGUUCUCGUCUCCUCCACCCGCCGCGUCCCUCGCCUCCGCGACCUCACCCUCCGCGAGAUCUCCGACUUCUGGGCCACCGUUCAUCGCGUGUCGCGGACCAUCGAGCGUGUCUACCAGGCCGACGGGAUGAACGUCGCGGUGCAGGACGGCGCGGCGGCGGGCCAGAGCGUGCCGCAUGUGCAUUGCCAUAUCAUUCCGCGGCGGCUGAAGGACUUGGAUGAGAGAGGGGGGAGCGAUCGGAUUUACGACAUGUUGGAUGGGGAGGAGGGGGAUUUGGUGGCGCAGUUGGUGGAGAGGGGAAGGAGGGAGAGGUUUACGGGGCCGGAUAAUGAGGAGAGGGUGGCGAGAGGGGAGGAGGAGAUGAAUAAGGAAGCGGAGUGGUUAAAGGAGGAGAUGGAGAAGGAUGCGGAGCCGGAGCAGGAAGUAGAGGGAUGAAGAAUGCCGUCCAGGUUCAAAGAGAAUAGCUUCCUCGAUAGCUGGACCCUGCAUAAUAGAGUCUAAUAGAAUGCCGAAACGGCUUGUGGGCUCGAUGGCGGAUUGGUAUACGGUUGAGGAAUGGUUUUGGGGAAACGGGUAACCUCACCGAGACCUCUGGCCAGCACUGGGAGGUAUCAUUCACGCCGGACCAGAGAGUGCAAGCGAUUCCAUUCUGCUCUUCAUCAAAAUCCACCAUACAGACAAUCGGCAUGCUGGCGCCGAAACUCUCAAAUAGGAAGAACCGGUAACGAAAGGCAUAUAUAAACUUCCGGGCAUGGAUGAUGUACCAAUUGGCACUACAAGAACAAGCCAUAAAGUUCGAUUGCUCUCAUACGAAAUACCUAUCCACCCAAAUCAAUCAACAACGCCAUUGCCAUCAUCCCGCAUCGCAUUUGUCUAAUCCCACCACGCCUACCGGUAGACGAAGAAUUGAACCGAGAGCUAU